AUAUUAAACCGUAGGACCUAGCGGUGCGGAAUAAAUAUUUGGCUAUGCGCAUCUUCGCUUGAAGACAAAAGCAUCUUCCUUCUCGAUUCUCAGCAUCUACGAAAUAUUCAUACUUCCACUUGAUCAGAUCCAACGGAUUAGCUUACCUCUCUAUUCUAUUACACGACCCGUCAUUUAACGUGCUCAUCAUCCGACGGUUCAUAUUCUAUCUCCUUCCUUUAUAUAAACCACUGAAUCAUUCACAUCUUUGCUUAUCAAUAAUCAAGAAAGUGACAAAAACAUGGCGACUUUGGAUUCUCCACUAGAGGCGCUGGCUCUGGAGUACGCUAGCUUCGGUUGUCUCGCCGUCGUCAACAACGUCUGGACAUGGAUCGCCGUCGUGACGGCUGCCGUCAGCUUCUGGAGGAUAAGAGUCACCACCAUUAAAGUCGAAGACGGACAUGGGUGUGUCUUGUUAGAGGGAUCCAAAGCCUCGAUACCUGAACAAGUAACCGGUCAUUACCAACCGCAAGCAGUGGCCGGGACCGUGGAGGAAACGGCGACGGCUCAAGGGAAGGAAACGGUGGUUUGGGAGCCGUUAGUGUGCGAUGAGGGCGUGACGAAAGGGAAGCUGACGAUGUACUAUGAGGUAGGCGUUGAAGGAGAGAGGUGUGUUGACGGAGACGGGGAGGUAACGGACGUUAGCUACGGAGGUGGUUUGGGUCAUUGCGGAGAGUGGUGGGAGAGAUGGGAAAGAGUGUUGAAGAUGAAAACUGGUGAUGACGAUUGGUACCGUUACGUCGACGUGACGGUGCUAAACGGAAGUGUCGUAAGGUUAUGGGAUGACAAACGGAACCCGUAAGGGAGGCAUGUGUCUAAAUUUAGAGGAUAUUCCUAGUUUGGAAAAAUUUGAAGUUUAUUUUUGGUCGAUUAAGUUUGUAAUUUGUAUAUAUAUCCCCCACAAGACCAGGAUCGCUUGACCUAGAAUAAAUAUAUAAAAAUC